AGAACAGAGCGCGAUAUGGCGGCCUCAUGGCUCCUCAAACAUCCUUGUCCACCAGAAAGGCCAUGGACAAGCACAAGGAAUGCUACGGGUCUCCAGCUGAUCACCAUCACUUACCGGCGAACCACGUGCACCGGCCGGAGCGCCGCCGUUGCGGUUAAGCACCAGGAGGAGGGCACCGACGACGAGUGGCUGGCGUACCUGGAGCCGGCCAAGCUAGAGGUGUUCGACCAGCUAGAGCCGUGGGCGGAAGCGAACGUGGUACCGCUCCUUAAGCCCGCCGAGGUGGCGUGGCAGCCGACGGACCUGCUGCCGGAUCCGGCGUCGCUCGGCGCCGACGGCUUCCACGCGGCGUGCUGCGACAUCCGGGAGCGCGCGGCCGGCCUGCCCGACGCGCACCUCGUGUGCCUCGUGGGCAACAUGGUGACGGAGGAGGCGCUGCCGAGUUACCAGAGCAUGGCGAACCGCUUCGAGGCCGUGCACGACCUCACCGGCUCCAGCGGCACCGCCUGGGCGCGCUGGACACGCGGCUGGUCCGCCGAGGAGAACCGCCACGGCGACGUGCUCAACAGGUACCUCUACCUCUCCGGCCGCGUCGACAUGCGGCAGGUCGAGAGGACCAUCCACAACCUCAUCCGGUCCGGCAUGGUCCUGAACGCCGCGCGGAGCCCCUACCAUGGAUUCAUCUACGUCGCCUUCCAGGAGCGCGCCACCUUCAUCUCCCACGGCAACACCGCGCGGCGCGCCAAGGAGCACGGUGACGUGGCGCUCGCCCGCAUAUGCGGCGCCAUCGCCGCCGACGAGAAGCGGCACGAGCUGGCCUACACACGCAUCGUGGCGAAGCUGUUCGAGAUCGACCCCGACGGCGCCGUUCGCGCGCUAGCCUACAUGAUGCGUCGUCGGAUCGUCAUGCCGGCGUCCCUCAUGACCGACGGCCGCGACGAUGACCUCUUCGCGCACUAUGGAGCUGUGGCGCAGCAGGCCGGCAUUUACACGGCCUCCGACUACCGUGGCAUUUUGGAGCACCUGAUAAAGCAGUGGGGAGUGGAGGAGCUGGUGGCCGCCGGGCUCUCCGACGAGGGGAGGCGUGCGCGGGACUACGUGUGCGCGCUGCCACAAAAAAUCCGAAGGUUGGAGGAGAAGGCCCACGAACGGAGACGCCACAAGGCCCAGCCCACGACACCCAUCCCAUUUAGCUGGAUCUAUGACAGGCCCGUCAACAUCACCGUCGCCUAGUCAAAUUUUUAUUACUUAUCUUAUAAAUAUCUUUGAAUAAAUUUUACUAUGAAAAUAACAAAUUACCAUUUCUCUAUUCAUCUAUACUUUGCUAUCGCCAAAUGGCACCGCCGAAAGUACAUCAUACUAUUGUAUUAGUCGUGAGUUAUGGUAUUGUACUAUAGUAUUUUUAUAAGUUGUUUUAUUAUCACAUUCCGGAAAUGGAACACAUGGAGGUUGAAAGUUGUAUUC